UAUGUAUUUGAAUGUGUCAAGUUGAAUAUUCGAAGCUCGCAAAAGCUUGUAGAAAGUAUGGAAGGAAAUGGGAAGUCUAAAAUGCAACAUGAACUUGCAUGAGAAUAUUACGGAUAUUUGAUAAUUCAUUACCGAGUGUUGGAGUUUGUUAAUACUUUAACACCUCGAAUGCCCAUACAUUCUGGACCACUCCGUUACAAUUUACUGUGCUAAUUAUCAAGAAGACAUGGUAAGAACCGUGUAAGUUACAGUUAAACGAGUCUAUAUAGGUAAGCUAACCUUCUCAUACAUCGGCCAUUUCGCCCCUGACCUACUCGCACAACUCUACGGACGAAAAGAUCGUCAUAACUUUAUGUCGAUAUUACUUUGAGGCACAGCCUAAAGCGGAAAAGCCCAUUCAGCUAAAACGGCGAGAUGAGAAAAGUACUUGCGAUAGUGUUGAUUUACGGUGGACUUUUUAUGUCGGCGUACGUCGCAGCUUACUCCAGGGUGUCGAAGAACGGCCAAGCCCGGGGAAGCAUCGAGGAUAUCGUUUUCACUGUGUCGCCAGUUUAUGCUGACACACCAGCGAGUAUCGAUCUGAAAUCCGGAGAAGUUAUUAAUCAUCCAUCGACGUCCAAGUAUUCGACGAUAGACGAAGAGCUAUUAGCCAAGCUAGAAGGCCUAGAGGGCAGGAACAGACCUCAGAAGAGAUUUCACCCCCCGGCGAGUUUCGAACAUACGUUAGCUCACUCGAAUAGUUUAAGACAACAAAGUGCAAGCUCAGAGUUGAUCAAUACUUCAUCAAACGACAAUGUUAUUUAUCAAAAACCCGUUGUCUCUAUGACGUACGAUUAUCCAUCAAACAUCAAUACUAAGCUUAAACUCGUGGCAAAUAAACCAUUAGGAUCCACGAAUGCGUUUUCGAUGCAAUCGCCGCCAAAGUUUUCAGAUACAUAUUUUUCCGGAACGAAUAAUAAUCCCUCCUCAACUGACCAAUCGGAAUACCAUAAAUUGCCGAAUUUCGAUUUUGAUCAUCCACCAAAAUCUGUUAAAUUUCUCAAACACUACGAUCAUCCUUAUGAAGAUAUCCCAACUUACGUUGAACACCCCUACGACGAUCAAGUUGUCUACGAUCACAUUUCCGAUGAUCACUAUUUUCAUCAUCAGCAUAAUUAUCCAGUUUCCAGUACCCAAGAGCCGGAAAUAAUGGACCAACGUGUCAAUAAGAGACCUUAUUCUUAUUAUUAUAUCGGAAAGAAGUUGUGGUAUAUUCCACUAUACUUCAGUAUAUAUUUCAUUAUUUAUGUUGCUGCUUUGGUACUAAAAAGUGUUGCCAGGCAUAGGAUUAAUUUUCCUACAAAUAUCGCUGCUGCUGGUGAUAAUGCGAGAAGUGCCAAUUGGUCGAAUCAAAAUAGUCCAGUGUGGAUGAAUUAUGUCACUAAAGUUUUAGAGAGCAUUGAAAAAUAUGGGAAAGUGUCGUGAAAUGUGCUUGAGACUUUUUCGCGUCAUUAACUUCACAUGUUUUUAAGAUGCUUCAAAAAUCUGACUAUUUACACCUCAAAUAAUGAACU